AUGUCUCUGCGUCCGUCCACUGCUCCUCUGCGUGCCCCUUUGCCUUCUCCUCCUGCGUCCUCUCUUCCUACUCUUCUUGCUGAGCUCGUCGACUUUGCUGCUCGCUGUCGCCUAGACUACGCUGCUAGUCUUGUCGCUGAGUCUGAGUCUGUCUGUCCUCCGUCCGUCGGGGGUGAGUGUGCUCUUGGCACGGACGUCCUUGAGGACAGGCAGGAGGAGUUCCAGUGCUUGGCCGCUGCUUCACCUCACCUCGUGUCCGUACUGCUUACCCCUGAGGGAGACCCGGAUGCACUUGACAUCCCGACUCCGCGCUCUUACACGGAGGCGAUAGAGGGUCCCUACUCCUCUCAGUGGCAGGCAGCUAUGGAUGCAGAGAUGGCUUCCUGGAAGUCCACAGGCACCUACGUUGACGCUGUCCCCCCUCCUGGGGCGAACAUCGUCAGUGGCAUGUGGAUCUUCAGGGUGAAGCGGCCGCCGGGUUCUCCGCCUGUCUUCAAGGCGCGUAACGUGGCUCGUGGCUUCAGUCAGCGGCAGGGAGUUGACUACUUUCAGACCUUCUCCCCCACCCCGAAGAUGACCACUCUCCGGGUACUGCUGCACGAUGCUGCUCACCGUGACUACGAGUUGCACUCUCUCGACUUCAGCACUGCUUUCUUGCAGGGCAGCCUGCACGAGGAGAUCUGGCUGCGCCGCCCUCCUGGCUUCACUAGGUCUUUCCCUCCUGGUACCCAGUGGAGUCUCCGGCGUCCAGUCUACGGUCUCCGCCAGGCGCGACGUGAGUGGCACGACACACUGAGGACUACACUUGCGGCUCUUGGGUUUGCUCCUUCUAGUGCCAACCCGUCGCUGUUUCUGCGCACCGACACCUCUCUGCCGCCCUUCUACAUCCUCGUGUACGUCGACGACUUGGUCUUUGCCACAGCUAACACUGCUGGACUCGCCUACGUGAAGUCCGAGCUGCAGAAGAGACACACGUGCACUGACCUGGGUGAACUGGGCAGCUACCUUGGCUUGCAGAUCACCCGGGACAGAGCACGCCGCACCAUUACCCUGACUCAGUCACACAUGGUGCAGCAGGUCCUUCAGCGCUUCGGCUUCACGUACUCCUCGCCUCAGGCCACUCCUCUGCCUACUCGCCACUCACUCUCAGCUCUGCCUUCGGAUGAGUCCGUAGAGUCGAGUGGCCCGUACCCAGAGCUUGUUGGCUGCCUCAUGUACCUGAUGACCUGCACACGACCUGACCUUGCAUACCCUCUUAGCAUUCUCGCACGCUAUGUUGCUCCUGGGAGACACCGACCAGAGCACAUGGCUGCAGCGAAGAGGGUGUUGUGCUACUUGUGCAGUACGUCGGGCAUGGGGCUAGUGCUUGAAGCGCGGAGUCCAGUGGUCCUCACUGGGCACGCAGACGCUUCCUGGGCUGACGACCAGGCUACGCAGCGGUCGUCACAGGGUUACACCUUCAGCCUUGGUUCCGGCUCUGUUUCGUGGCGGGCUACUCGCUCGUCUUCUGUUCUCGGCUCUAGUUGUGAGGCUGAGAUCUACGCUGGGGCCAUGGCUGCACAGGAGCUUCGCUCGCUCACCUACCUGCUGACUGACCUUAGAGAGCCGCCUCGUUCUCCUCCAGUUCUGUACGUAGACGACAAGGUCAUGCUGGCCUUGUGUCGAGAGCAGCGACUGGAGCACAGAACGAAGCACAUUGCUCUUCGCUACUUCCUUGCUCGUAAGCUACAGCAGCGUGGUCAGUUGCGGCUUGCGUACGUGGCCUCUGAGGCCAACAUUGCUGAUGUUUUCACCAAGGCACUUGCGCCUUGUGAUCAUCAGUGCUUCUGCACUCAGCUUGGACUUGUUCCUGUCUUGCCUCACUUGCUCACUUCUUGA